GGCUAUGGCACUUGUAGGACUGGUAGAUAAGCCAGUAAUUCAGAACUAGUAAUAUUGAAUUUAUUCGGCUAUGCACUUGGGCAUAAUACAAUACGACGUCACAAUUAUGCAGCACGUUUCAUUAUGACAUCAUGACAUUCUCGAAGGCUGUAUAGCUUCAGACUGAAUAUUAGUUGAAACAUAUUUCAGUAUAGUUUACACAGCAUUGGGAUCACCUUAUGAUUUUAAGCAAUUAUUUGUACUCAUCGUGAAGACGACAUUCAUAUUUCUCUGGUAUGUUUUCCAAUCUAAGUAACAACGAUUUUUAUUUAGCACUAACCAUCGUUUAAUUAAUAGUGUUGGUUUCCUAUUUUUUUACAUCACUUUUGGUAACAGUUAAGAACUAGGCUUGAUGUUAUUCACUUAUUCAGAAAAUUUCAGUUUUCACUUAUUGAGUUAUCCUUUUUUGAACUUUAAUAUGUAUAACUGCACUGUCUGUAGAAAAUGUAGGCAUAUAAUCCAAUGAAAACGAAACUUUUCAGGACAGUAAUAGUUAUAGUUAUAGUUGACAUAUGACACCAUUCAGCUUUGUGUUACAUGAGCUAUACAUAUACUGGAAGCAAACCUUUCUAAAUGAAAAUAUUGCUCUGAACUUGGAUUCUAGGCUAUUUGGCUUCAUCUGAGCUGGAGUCUUGUCUUAGUGGUGGUAGGAAGAUUACUCUGUACAUCUCAUUACACCUGGGGCAAUUUAGAAAAGGAAAAUGAAAGGAAAUAAAAUGAAACGACUCUUGACCCGUCAGAAAGUUCAUCCUAUCCUGGUGAGUAAUUAUGACAUUUUUGCAAAUACAAACUGCAAUAAGACAACAUUGAACUAUGAGAUGAGUUAAUAAAAAUACAGCCAGUAGUGUAUUGAUGUUAAUUGUAUUUCUAUGUGUCUAUUAGGAGAAUACUGGAGAGGACAGUACACCUAUUCUCUCUGACAGCCAGUACUGUAUGGUAAGUUCCUCUAUAUUUCUGACGAUUGGUGGAAAACUGCAAUAAAUUGGUGUGAAGGGAAUUUAUUUAAAUCAAGAAUUGAAAAGAUUUGUAUGGUGUACUAAAAUGGUCUGAACACAUCCCCUUCUUUUGCAUCUAUUGCAUCUAUUUAUCUCUCAACCAGGAGUUGCUCCAAACACUGAAUGAACUGGGCAACAGUUCUUAUGAGGGGCUCACAGUAAGUGUCCUGAGAGAGAAAAUGGUCGCUCCUUUGGAGGCCAUGUUAGAGGAGGAGAGGAAAGAGAGGGAGCUCAUGAAGAACCAGGAGGUCGACCUUGAGAGUAUUUCCAAUACCUUGUUGGAGUUCAUGAAAGAUCUUGAGAACCAGCUGAAUACCAUACGAGCAAUGUUUCAAAGGCUACCGGUGCCUUUCAAGGAGGUCCUUGAGAAAUCCCAGCAGAAGCUCACUUCAGGAGAUGACCAGACGAUCCAGAGAAGGGCAGAGAAAGAGGGAGAAGCUAGAGAUGAGGGAAAUGCCAAGAAAGCAGAAAAAGAGAUGCGGCUGAAGGAGAAGGAGGAGAAAAAGCUGUCUCAGUUCCUGGACAAAAGAAAACAAGAGCACGUGAAACGCCAGGGGAAGAUCAGGAAGGAUGAGCUCAAGAGGAUGAAGAGGACUCUUGAUGAGACACUCAAACAAGAAGAAGCUGAACUCAAGCAAAAAAUAAAGGAUGAGAAGAUGAAACUGGAGGCAAGGAACAAAUGGGAAAUAGCCCUGAUGAAGACGGCACACGAGCACCGCAAGUGGAGGGAAACACAGAAUAAAAUACAAGUUGAGGAACAGAGAAAGCAACUGAAGCAUUCCAUGAAAGACCAAGAAAUUGCGGAGAAGAAACAACAAAAGGAGCAGAAGAAACAAGAAAAGGAGCAGAAAGAGAGAGAGGAACGUGAACUAAAACUACAGAAGAAAGCUGCCACGCAAGAAAAAUGGAGAGUUGAACGGCAGAAAAAACAAGAACGAUUCGAACAGACUUACUACAGGCUCUUAGCAAAUCAGACUGCUCGAAAAGAAAUUAUGCUAGCCAAAGCAAAAGAAAGAGAGAAACUGAAAGAGCUGACUCAGAAACCAAAAAUGAGGAUAACUAUUGUAAAGAAGCCAUGCUUUAUAUGGAAUCUCUUUGGGGGGAGAAAUAAGAAAGAGGGAAAACAGGAGCAGGAGCAACUGAAGGAGGAGGCAGCAGAGUCUUAUAGGGCAGAAGAAGAGGUGGAUGAAACACUGGCUUCUGAGAGGGACGUAAGCAGAUGUGGAUAUGACAGCGUGGAUAUGACAAGAGGACAAUCACCAGUGUCCUUCACUGACACAGGAAACUGAGUUGAAAAUCACACACGGUAAUAGGCUACCCAUUACAAAGAUAAUGUACAAUACAGAAUAUCCAAGGCAAGUGGAUUUGUGGAUGCAAAUGUUCCCAUCGUUCUAGUGGAGAGGUCUCCUGUGAAGGCUCAUUCCUGGCCACUCUGGUCCAGUCCCUUCUAGAGUCUUCAGCCAACACUUCUCUCAUGUCUCACAGCUGCUAAGCUGGCUUGUGCUUUCCUUCAACCCUCAUCUCUGCACACAGGCCUUCUCCUUUUCAUACCUCCACAUCUCAAAACCACAGCCAGCCAGAAGCAGAUGGGCUCCCCCGAUUAAGUCAGGUUCUGCUCAUGGUUUCUCCCUGAAAGAAGGGAGUUUUCCCUUGCCACUGUCACCACAUGGCUUGCUUAUAUGGGGUUCAUGCUGCCACUUUUUUCUGAAAUAAUAAUAAAAGCUUUUUGCACUGUAUUUGUUUUUUAUUUUAAGAAUUUCAUUUCAUUUCAGAGGUAACAUCCAGCCCUUUGUUGUUUUUCGCUUUAUCAAGUCUUCAUUUCUGAAGCCCUGACUGUGUUCUGCUAGAGAUGAGCUAUAUAAGUGAAGUUCUAGGCAUCUUUUUUUGUUUCAGGUAGGCUAUGUGUCAAGUUUGAAAGUAGUGCCCUAUCAAUAGUCUACAUGAUGUAAUUUACUGCAGUGCCUAUCAUUAUUAUAUUGCACUAUUGCCAGUACCCCAGUUUUAGCAUAGUCACAAAACAUACCACAAAUGU